UUCCAUAUUUGCGUUAUGAUAUAUGUCCUGAAUCUGUGAAAGAUGAUGGGAAUGAAGAUAAAGAUACCAAAGGAUCAUGUUGCUUCAACCUUCUUUACUCUUUGUGACGCUGAUCGUAUAGAGAUUAAUUCUUUAAUAAAAUUUGUUGACGCUAAAAGGCGGAUAUUGCAUGCAUUUACUGAUUUAGACGAUAUAUUUUUGGAAGGCCCGCUUAAAUUAGAGGAUAUUAUUCUUUCUGGAUUUAAUGUUUUUAAUCUAAUUAAUUCGUUUUCGCCAAAUCCUUCGCCUAUUUCUGAGAAGGAAUUGGAUGAGUGGAGAUUAGAUAUAGAAACUGUUGGAAUAUUUAAUAAAAGAGUUAUUAAAAGUAUUAUUGUUGAGAGAAUGGUCUUUGUUGCUUUUGCAAGAACUAUGCCUGUAUUUAUUAAAUUAUCUAUAUCGGAUCAGGUAUAUUGGAGUUAAUAUUUGGUUUUCAAUAAACUUGUUUAUCA